UCAGUGGUCACAGUCCUCCAGCGCACAAGCUGGAGACAGCAAGACCUUUGUCAGGAACACACUGUGAAGUCUUGAGAAGUGCAAGGGUUUGUGCUGGUGAAGAAAAGGGAUGGAAUUCUGCAGUCUAGCUAUCCUGCUCUUUGGGUCAGGGAGUCAUCUGUAUGCACGGCAGUCAUGAUUCAGUGAAUAUGAUCCCCUAUCUGGUGCAAAGCAUUUUAAAUAGCUCUAGCAAUUUAUGGAUGGUGAAAGUUGAACCUCCUCAAGAUGAUAAGUGCAUACAAAAAGCUUGGAAAAGUGAAGACGAUAUUAAAGUUCCAUAUAAGACUUUUCCAGUCCUGUGUUCGGAACACGAAACUCGUCUUGUUGACGACUUAUUCAAGAACUAUAACAGCAUUGUCCGCCCAGUUAACGAUCAUCGAGAUAUUGUUCAAGUUACGGUUGGGCUGCAGCUUAUCCAGUUGAUCAACGUGGAUGAAGUGAAUCAAAUAGUAACAACCAAUGUGCGUCUGAAACAGCAAUGGACUGACGUAAAUUUGAAAUGGAAACCAGAAGAUUACGGUGGCGUGAAACAAAUUCGCAUCUCGUCUGAAAAGAUCUGGCAUCCGGAUCUUGUUUUGUAUAACAAUGCGGAUGGAGAGUUUGCUAUUGUGCAGUUUACUAAAGUACUCUUGGACUAUACAGGCAGCAUCACAUGGAAUCCUCCUGCCAUAUUCAAAAGCUACUGUGAGAUCAUAGUCACCCACUUUCCAUUUGACGAGCAGAACUGUUCUAUGAAGUUGGGCACCUGGACCUAUGAUGGCUCCAAGGUUGCCAUCAACCCGGAAAGUGAUCGCCCAGACAUGAGUAACUUUAUGGAAAGUGGAGAAUGGAUCAUGAAAGAUUAUCGGGGAUGGAAGCACUCGGUUGAAUAUGCCUGCUGCGUUGAGACUCCAUAUCUGGAUAUCACCUACCACUUCCUAAUGCAGCGUUUGCCCCUCUACUUCAUUGUUAAUGUCAUCAUUCCUUGCCUUCUCUUCUCAUUCUUAACCGGAUUAGUAUUUUACUUGCCCACAGAUUCAGGCGAGAAGAUGACCUUGAGCAUUUCUGUGCUGCUGUCUUUGACUGUCUUCCUUCUGGUCAUUGUGGAGCUCAUUCCUUCGACCUCCAGCGCAGUGCCAUUGAUUGGCAAAUACAUGCUGUUUACCAUGGUAUUCGUCAUAACCUCCAUCAUCAUCACCGUCAUUGUGAUCAACACCCACCACCGCUCCCCGAGUACCCAUACUAUGCCCCAAUGGGUGAGGAAGAUUUUCAUCAAUACAAUUCCAAACCUGAUGUUUUUCUCAACGAUGAAACGGCCUUCCAGAAAUAAGCAGGAAAAAAGCAUUUUUACUGAAGACGUUGAUAUAUCUGAAAUCUCUGGCAAGCAAGGUCCGACUGCAAUGAAUUUCCAGCCAUCCCUUAUGAAAAAUCCAGAUGUUAAAAGUGCUAUUGAAGGCAUCAAAUACAUUGCUGAAACCAUGAAGUCCGACCAAGAAUCUAACAAUGCUGCAGAAGAAUGGAAGUUCGUUGCCAUGGUGGUGGACCACCUUCUCCUUGGCAUCUUCAUGUUGGUUUGCAUUAUUGGAACACUGGCUGUUUUUGCUGGUCGCCUCAUUGAAUUACACCAGCAGGGGUGAAUAGGAGACUUCGUGGUUGACCAUGCAUCGACAUCUGCUCCCCUUUGCUGAGUGUCUUCAUAUGGUCACUCUUCACUGGAUCCUCAGCCCCACAAGUCUGCUGUUUGCAGAGAAAAACAAUCAACAAGACGGAAUGUGUAAGGUUGUUUUCUGAGCUGCUUUCUUGUUCUUGCCCCACGAAAAGAGAAGUGAAAAGGAUAGGAAUGAGUUUCUGACACCAUUUUUCUGCAGUUUUUAAUUGUAUAAGUAGCACACUUAAGGUCCAAAAGCAUGGCUUUUGUUUCACCCAUACAACUUGUUAUGGCACUAAAUAAGAACUUGGCACACACCAGGCAAAAGGCGCCCACCAGCAGGGCAAUUUUAUCCCUUUCCCCCCAGAAAUGUAGGGCAUGAGAAUCCCUUAGUGUUUCUUAAAGCGUACGUACCAUAUUUUACCCUUUCUGAGACCACCAACCCUUUGGCAGUCAUCUCAUCUGCAAGUUAGUAUCCUGAAUCUUUGGAUACCGCUGUCUGCAUGCUGCUCACCUAUAUGUGCUUAAGGAUAUGUGCACUGCGUUGCUAUUCCAACCCUGAAAUUUGAAAAGGAUUAGAACUUGAACAGAUGAGACAAAGGUUGUACAUCUCAUUAUGGCCAUAAAAUGCAAAUUGCAGAUUUGUGCAGCCUCAGUUUGCCUUGGGAGUGUACAAGGAAGGAAGAAAAAGUUUAAUUCUUAACUUCCACCUGGUUUUACCUCUCAAAAUCAGGCUUCCUGCUUUGUUUUUAAUUCCAGAGGAUAGCCAUGUUGGUCCGUUGCAAAAAAGUUAAUCAGAAGUUGGCAUCCAGACAUCUCUGACAGCUCAAAAUUAAGACUAUUACUGAGUAGCCUUUGUAAAAACUGCAUUGUAGACGUGGCAAGUUGGCAACCUUUUCUUUAACCGUUACUUUUAAUGCUUAAACUUUGUUAGAGUGUAUGGCCUAUGGGCUGUUAAACUGAAUAAACUGAAACUAAUCAGAAGUCCAGUAGUACCUUCAAGAGUAACAAAAUUUAUUUCAGCAUAAGCUUUUGUUAGUCAGAGCUCAUGUUAUCAUAUGCAAAAAAUGUAUACUUUGUGCAUCUGAGGAAAUAAGCUCUGACCUGACUCAUGAAAGCAUUUAGUUUUUAAGGUACCACUGGACUUUUGUUUCAUUUUGCUUUAUUAUUAGCAUUUUAAAAGGAAAAAAACACUUUGAAAGGGUAGAUCUUUUCUUCUAUAAUGUUUUAGUAACAAAGCAGGGAGCCCAGUUCUGAGUUGCAACUCCCCUCCCCGUCUUCAUGCUGUAGAGGCACAAGGCCUUUUCAGAAAUAAUAAUCCAUGUGUGCCAGGCAUCUGGCAACUGCAUCUAGCUCCUAUUGAUAGGUUUGUUACUUAUUUAUUUACUUGAUUUAUAUCUUUCCUUUCUCUCCAGUGGGGACCCAAAGCAGCUUACAUCAUUCUCCUUGCCUCCAUUUUAUCCUCCAACAACUCUAUAAGUAGGGUAGCCAGGUCCCUUUCCCCUCCCACCAGGAGGGUAGAGUACCAGGCACUUACCUCCUGUCAGGCAUGAGAGUAUUUUUCAUUCGCGUGUGCCCCGGUGUUGAUGCAGUGCCGUCACUUCCGGAAGUGAUGUCACCAUGCCACCUGUGCAAGUGCUGCCGCAUCCUGCAUGGGGCCCAUUUGGGGCCCAAAUCAGCCCCAAAGCGCGGGAACGCUCCCACGGCCGGCGCAAUGAUGUCACUGGCAGGCACCCAGGGAACACGCUCCCUGGGGGCAUGGCAACGGGCAACCUCCAGGGGGCUUGUUACCACCAUCCAGUUGUUGAGCGAUCAGCAGGUGAGGGGGCAAAUUCCUGGGAGUUUGCCCGCCACCGACAGGCACCUGGGAACCCUAUCAGUAAUGGAGGCUGAGGGUAUGUAACUGGCCCAAAGUCACUCAGCAAGCGUCCAUGGAAGAGUGGGGAUUUGAAUCUGGGUCUCCCAGAUCGUGGACCAGCACUCUAACCACUGUACAACUGAACGCAAUUCUAACAUUUGAAAAGGUUGAUUUGAGGCCACAGGAUCCUGCACUUUGCAUUUUUAUGGACUAAGACACAUGAUCGUCAUCGUGUUUCUUUGAGCCCUCGGAUUUCCUCCUACCACCAGCCUGCCGCUUCCCAUCUGUUCACUGCCUCUCUGCCGCUUCCAUGGUACCAUGGUUUUGAUCACUGCAUUUCUUAAUGCUCUGCUUCCAGGAGGAAAGUGUCUCUGGCUAUUCCUGUAACAGGAUCCUUCUACUUGUGUUUUCUGAAUCUCCAAAAUACUACAUGUACAAAAGACGUGAAUCCUACUUGACCUGAAAUCAACCCCUGCUACCACUCACCUGGCUGGUGGGAGGGGGAGAGAAAGGUAAGCAGAGGCAGGCCAGAGCAUGCUGCAUGCGCACUCUGCAGGCCACAAUGAUAUCACUUCCAGUUUGGACGGGAAGCUACAAUAUCUCAGCAGGGCCAAUUCUGUAAGAAUCAGCCCAAAACAGAGCAAAAACACUAUGUUCUGAGUCCAGUGGCAGCUUAAAGACCAACAAGAUUUUCAGUCUGUAAGCUUUCAAGAAUCAAAGCUCCCUUCUUCAGACACCAUGUUGGUCUCUAAAGUACCACUGGACUCAAAUCCUGCUGGUCUACUACAGACCAACACAGCCACCCACCUAAACUAUCCUCACAGAAGGCAGUACAUUCAGCUGCAUGGAGUGGAAAUCUAUUGUGUCUAAAGAAGGGAGCUCUCUGACUCUCAACAGCUUACACUCUGAAAAUCUUGUUGGUCUCUAAGGUGCCACCAAAACUCAAAUCCUGCUGUUCUACUGCAGACCAACACAGUUACCCACCUAAACUACAUUUUGGGCCUGCUGAGGUGUCCUAGCUUCUGGAUUAAACCAAAAGCGACAUCAUUGGGAGCCUGCAGAGUGUCCAAAGCACAUGUACAAGAGAAGACAGUGUUGUACUUCCCCUCGGCACCCCACUGUCAAGAUCUGGCUGUGCCAGGAAGGCCUAGCAAGGCCUCAGAAACCUGUUAGCAGUGGGAGUAGGCCUGCCUAUGAUUCCCAGGAGCCGUUGGGCCAUUUUGGCGUCCUUUUGGGGCUAUUCAGAACACAGGGGGCUGGUGCUAUAUAAGUCUGGGAGGAAUAAAAGCCUGCGUUCUUUCUCCCAGGGAGCAGACCCGAGGAGGUUUCUGCUAGGGAGAGAGGCCCUCAUCCAGGUAUGAUGAGAAGACAGGCCUGGCAGACAGAGGGACAAUGAGUUCAGUCACACUAGGGCCUUUUGUUUAUUUUGCUUUCACCCAUCUAUUGUUGCUAAUGCACCUUGUUUGCUUGUUUGUUUGUUGAUUAUUAAUUGACCUCCUCAUAAAUAAACCCUUUUGUUUGUUGUUA